AUGAAAUAUAAAACCUUUAAUCUUUUUCUAAUUGCACUUUCUUUAAGUUUACUUGUAUUGACUAUUAAUGCUAGUGCACGUAGACCCACUCGUUUUAACAUACAUGCUAAUAGUCCCACUCGCUUUAAUAAACUUGAUAAUAAACUUCCUGUUAAAUCUACAAAUACUACACAAACUCCAGCAUGUCAAACACGUGGUAGUCCAGGGUGGAAUGACUUAGGGUAUAUACCUCUAGGAUAUGAUACGAUGGGCAUCGGUUUUACUCCGCAACAAUGUUGUAAUUCAUGUAUUAGCAAUCAAACUUGUUUUGAAUGGUACUUUAAUCCUAUUAAUAGUGAAUGUGCUUUUGUAACUAGUAAUCCAUGCUCAGGUGCUACAUAUUCAAUAAGCUGUAUUGGUCUUGAAG